AUGGAUAAAUUCGGUUUGAAAGCAUUAGUUCCCUUAGUUGAGCUGAACCAAACGGAAGAGUCGAAGGAGUUUGAUCAUUCCAUGACUAUUGGUACAGAUUUAACUUGUAUGUCAUAUUCGCUAGGGAUUCCAAAAGGAGGUAAGAGACAAAGAGUAUUAGAUACAUUUCAAUCACCUUGGGCUGAAACAUCUAGAAGUGAAGUAGAACCUGCAUUUUACAGUCCCAGCUCAUUCCAUGAUAUUCCAGAAGUCUUACAGUCGAAAGUCACACCACCAUCUUUUGACUCGGUGCAGACCGACCAACAACGUGUUGCUUUAUUCCAAGAUGAAACAUUAUUUUAUCUAUUUUAUAAACAUCCGGGAACAGUUAUUCAAGAACUAACAUACUUAGAAUUAAGAAAACGUAAUUGGAGAUAUCAUAAAACAUUAAAAGCAUGGCUGACGAAAGAUCCAAUGAUGGAACCUAUAGUAUCACAAGAUGGUCUAAGCGAGAGGGGAUCAUAUGUGUUUUUCGAUCCUCAAAGAUGGGAGAAAUGCCAAAGAGACUUCUUACUCUUUUAUAAUGCAAUUAUGUAA